AUGAAUCGCGCUCUAUCCAUUCGCUCCCGCAAGAAGGAUGACCAUUCCAAAGCUGCCUCGAAGCACACCUUCUCCAUAUCUACCCUGAGAGGAACCACCCAGGCCGAGCUCUCCAAGAAGCUGUUCAAGAUCAUCAAGACUGAGAACCACGCGAUCAAUGCCUACGAGACCGCGGGCCGCGAGCGUUUGUCCAUUGCCUCCCAGCUCUCCGAUUGGGGCGAGUCGACCAACGAUGAUUCGGUCUCUGAUAUCUCGGACAAAGUCGGUGUCAUACUUUCCGAGAUAGGAGAACAGGAGGAUCUGUUUGCUCAGAACCUCGAGGACUACCGAGCCAUUCUCAAACAGAUCAGAAACAUCGAGGCCAGUGUACAACCUAGCAGAGACCAGAAGGCCAAGAUCAGUGAUGAGAUCCAAAAACUCAAGUACAAGGAGCCAUCAAGCCCCAAGCUGGUUACUCUUGAGCAAGAACUCGUUCGAGCCGAGGCACAGAAUCUGGUUGCUGAAGCACAGUUGACCAAUAUCACUCGUCAAAAGAUCAAGGAAGCGUACGAUGUCAAUUUCGCCGCGACCAUCGAACGAGCAGAAAAGCAAAUCAUCCUCGCCAAACACGGACGACGACUUUUGAACUUGCUUGAUGAUACACCUGUGGUUCCCGGUGAUGUGCGCCAGCCUUUUGCACAGGUCAACGAGGCGAGACAAGUUCUUGCCGAUGCAGAGCACGAUCUACAAGCGUGGCAACCAUCUUUGGAACCAAUUCACUCCAAUGCAGGUGGCCUGGGUUCGAACUUGAUGCCCACGGAGAGGGCUAGCACACGAGCGACAUCUGAAGCUGGAACUGCCGAACCCUCAAUCUCAAGCCCUACGGCCGAGACCCCAACGGCGGAGCCUCAGGGUCAAGGUUCACGACUUGAACAAGCAACCGCCUAG